AUGGCACGCGCGCAGCAAAGUGUGCAUUGCCACAUCUGCGAGAUUCUGCGAACCAGAGCUGCGUCUGCCGUGGCUUCCAAGCAGAAGGUCAAGCGACAAGAAAAGGGACGGGGAAAAUUGUUAGUCGGUGGCGGCUUGAUCCUGACCCCACUCCUUGGCGUUCGGCCACUCAGACGAUUGGAGCCGAAGCUCAGGGCUUUGCCAGGUGGAGCAGCUCGGCAGCUCUUGCAUCUUCGACCCAACGGGAGAAGAGUUCCACCUCCACGACUCUCGCUUUGGCGCUGA